UAUUAUUUACAAUUUCACAACUUCAUCCCGCUGUCCACAUAUGAGGACAUACAUUUUUAGGAAAACUGUUUGCUUUAGAUUUUUUUUUUUUUUUUUUUUGCAUGUUUAUUAGGUACUUCUACUUACAAAUCAAAAAGGAAAAUUUAAAAUGCACACAGCAGUCACUCUCAGGUCUCAAGUGGUUGAAAUUAAGUGUUUCAACAAACUUUAAAUAACUUUCUACAAUUGUUAUUAUUGUUUUAUAUAUCAGCAAUAAUUUACAGUAAAAAAGGACAUAUUGAUCUGUUUCUCAUCCACAUCUAUCAUAUCACUUCAGAAGACAUGGAUUAAACCACUGGAGUUGAAUGGAUUACUUUUAUGCUGCCUUUAUGUGCUUUUUGGAGCUUCAAAGUUCUGGUCACCAUUCACUUGCAUUGUAUGGACCUACAGAGCUGAAAUAUUCUUCUAAAAAUCUUCAUUUGUGUUCUGCUGAAGAAAGAAAGUCACACACAUCUGGGAUGGCAUGAGUGCGAAUAAAUGAUGAGAGAAUUAUACUUUUUGGGUGAACUUUAACGUGUAGAUCAAUAUCGAGUGUGUUGAUUGUGUUUGUCUCGUCUCUCAUUGGCCACUAGUUUCAAUCGGACACCCGGUGGCUCUUUCACAACACGUUAUAAAAUUACUUAUAAACACUGAGCAUUGGUGCGUUCACACCUGUGACCGUGGCAGAUAUAUCCUGUUUGGAAAAUGGCCGCUGGUCUCGCCAACACCCUUCAAACACAAGCCCACAGGAAGUGUGCACAGGAAACAGCUGUUCCUCAUAUCCUCCCUCUGCUGCUCCAGGUGUAUCCGGGGCACUCGGACUCAAUCUUUAUCACUGUUUUAUUUCAUGAUGACCUGUAGUGUGUAAUAAAAUCAUUAGAUUUCAUGUUUUCUCAUGGAACGAGACACAGCAGAGCUCUGAAUGGAUGUGUCGUUUAAGUCUAAAGUUUGAUUCAUUGUGUUUGUCGCGUGAGCAGUCGCGCAUGAAGACUGAAACGAGUCCUGAGUGCAGGAGGAUGAUGAUAUCGAACAUAAGAACACACAUUUGGUGUUUGUCAACAGCUGUCUUCUGCUUCCUGAAGAGCACAGAAACUUCCACCAAGAGCCUUACUUUGGUUUUGAUGCAUAUGCUAGCGCAUGCAUACAUGGCGAGUGCACAAACACCUCCGACUAGUGGCCAACUAGAGCAGAAUGUCAGCAGGAGGGGUCAGAGGUUGAGGGAGGGGAGAGAGAGACAGACAGACAGACAGACAGACACAUGGGCAUCAUUCCGUCAGAGUGAUCGCUGGAGAAACACACACUCACAGAGAACAAACUCACAGAGGAAAAGAGAAGGAAGUGUGAAAAGACAGACACGAGAAAGACGUGCAGAUCACUGAACGGACAAUACGACUGAAGACAAGUGGACACGAGAGACGGUAAACACGGUCCAAACAGAAGCGAGUUUGAGAGCUGCAAAUCAACUGAAGGGCGUACAUGAGACACAAUGAGAAGCAGCUGAGAUCAUCUUCAGUCUCAGGAGGACUCAUGAGUCUCUGAUGAUGACAGAGAACAUGGAGCCGCCUAUCUCACCCUCCUCCACCACCCCAUCUCCGUCUGUCAUCCAGCGUGUCAGUCCCGCACACACAGCCUCCACACAUGCUAACAACACAAAGGAGACUGACAGCCAUGCGGAAGAGAUGCCUAGCACGGAUGAGCCAGCGGCCACCAUAGCUAAGACAGAACCGAGCCAAUCUGAGACAGCGACGAGCCUCUCCACAACAUCCACAGACUCCAGCGCCACUCAUGCCUCCUCGUCCUCAACGGCGCUCCCUCCAAACGUUCCAGUGAUCAGUCUGGGUCACAGUAAACCGCCACUACCGCCACUCCCCCUGCUGACCCCCCCACUGACGGCGCUGCAUCCCGCACCCCCCCUCCCACGCGGCCCCGCUGAACUGCGUCUGGCGCAGCUCUCCUCGCUGUCUGCCGUGGGACCGGCCCCUGCCCUCCUGCCACCCCCCUUUCUGCAGACACACCCCUUCAUCCAUACCUCUUUUCUCACUCCAUCUGGAGGUUUCGGGAUCUUCAGUAACACUCGUAUAAAGAGACGACCGUCAACACACUUCGAGUUGGAGCUCACUGAAGUUUUAAAUCCGAUAAGGCACCAACUACUUGUUGAUUCUAUGUUUUUCCACAAACUGGAAAAGAUAAGAUGGUCUAGGAAAGGUCCUCCUCAGAAGUUGGCUCGACGUGUCUUCACAAACAGUCGUGAACGCUGGCGACAGCAGAAUGUAAACGGCGCGUUCUCUGAACUUCGUAAACUCAUCCCAACCCAUCCGCCCGACAAGAAACUGAGCAAGAACGAGAUCCUGCGACUCGCCAUGAAAUAUAUCAACUUCCUCGUCAAGCUGCUAAAUGACCAGGCGAGAGAUCAGUCGAGUAAAAAACUAAUGACGGACGGGACAGUGGGGAGGCAGGAACAGGACGGGACAAACGACGGGCAUGAGGAUUUAAGAAACAGACUCUCCCCGUCCCUUAACCCUUCCACUCGCCGCAACAGAGACUCCACAGACUCAAUGACAGUGCUCACCGCAUCGCCCGGCUCCAGUUGCUAUGGCGAUAGUGACAGCGAGGAGAGCUCGUGCCCGCGAUCCUGUGCUAUUAAGAUUAAACAUGGCAGCAGCGGGAUAAUGGAGAAAGUUCAAGAACAGAUACUAACGGUCACAGCGAGCAGUUACCAGCGCUCUUUUCUCACUCCGUCUGGAGGUUUCGGGAUCUUCAGUAACACUCGUAUAAAGAGACGACCGUCAACACACUUUGAGUUGGAGCUCACUGAAGGAAAAAAAGAACAGGCGCUGAUAUUUAGAGGACGCAGUAACAGACGAGGAAUAAAUAGAAUCUCUGGCUUCCUAAAUCCACAUCCUCCUCAGCAGAUCAUCUCAGAAUCAGCAUGUGAAUAUGAGCUCUCCUGACAGAAACUCAUAAACUGCACUAGUACACUGAUUAGAUCAUUUAUAAAGUGUUUAUCUACUUGAAUAGUAUUGUUUGUGCUUUUUAAAUAGUAAAACCAAGAAGGAACCAACAGCAGCAACUCUUAGUGCACAUACACACUGCAAUUUUGCGAGUGACAGCAUUUAAUGAGUGAACACAAAACAGGAGUCACUCCUGAAGUCACAAUGUUUCACAGUUGUAACAUUAGCAAUGGCUUGCCAUUUUGCAAAUGUAGACAAGAACAUGGAUGCUAAUGUCCUUACAAAAAUCCAGAGUUCUGGCAAAUGAGCUUUGCGGCAAACUCUUCAUUGGUGCCAAAGGUUUUCUGCAGGUUCACCACUGCCGUUGAAGAGCUGCAAACUUCUGGCAAACAUCUGCGGCGAAUCACAAGCUCAUUUGCAUGUGAAAACAAAGAGUGGGAAAUUUGUGGCAAGUUUGUCAGAUCUCUACAUUUUUUGUAAGUGUUUGCUAUUUUUGACCAAAUAUAUAUGAACAACUAGAGAAGUAUAAACAUCGUUCACCAGUUCAUAGGAAAUCGUCAUUGACAGAGGCGCCAUGUUUUUCAGUUUAGUUCUGUACACACUACAGAAAGUGCAAAAAAGUGAUGCGCUAUUAAAGGGAUAUUUCACCCAGAAAUGAAAUUCUGUCAUGUUUUACUCACACUUAAAUUGUUCCAUCCAAAUGACUUUCUUUCUUCUGGGGAACACAAAAGAUAAACAUAUAAUAAGAGGGCUGUCAAGCUCCAAAAACACCAUAAAAGCAACAGGUACCUCUGAAGAUCUUUCACUCUCAGUGACAUUGUCCUGAUGUUGAGAGAAUGUUCUGUUAGCAGCUGAGAUCCAGUUGAUACUCUCAUUAAAGUCUGAUUUAGAUGU